AUGAGAAUAUUGACGGUGCUCUGGUCCCUCGCUGUUCUCCGGCUGCAUCGUACUGAUGCUUUUCUGGAUGUCGACCAACUGCCCUGCAAAACUUAUGCCAAUCCGCCACCUCUGUUGUCGUUGAAGACCCAUCUAUUUUGCGACUACGAUCGCUCUAUCCGGCCAGUCAUGUCCCACAAGGAGGUGAACAAUGUGACCAUAAAGCUGAUACCGAAAAUCCUGGAGUUCGAUGAAAUGGAGAGCAAGAUGAUAUUGCAUAGUUGGAUGACUCUCAUCUGGACCGACUCGCAUCUGACUUGGACACCCAGCGAGUUCGACGGGAUUAAUUAUAUUCACGUGAAAAGUGACACGAUAUGGGUGCCCGAUCUUUCGGUUUACAAUUCGGGCGAUAUGGCGGCGGAUCAAAACGGUAUACCUUUGACGACAUGCUUGGUCUUCAGUUCGGGAUCGGUUAGUUGCGUGCCAUCCUUGAAACACAUCACGAAAUGCGCCACGGAUUACUCGAAGUGGCCGUACGACACUCACCUGUGUCGAAUUAAUUUCGGUUCCUGGUCCCAUUCCGGGGAGGAGGUGGACUUCCAUCUGGAUCAAAAGGGGUUUCAAAUAGCAGGGUACACGAACAACACUGCGUGGGACUUCAAAGUGAUGAAUGCGUACAAGGUCCUGAAGAAGUAUAAAUGCUGCCCGAACGACACGUAUCCUAUGAUCGUUUACGAAUUCUCCAUAACUCGACACCACGGAAUAAUGCACACCACAUAUGUUACCCCAGCAAUCGCCUUGAUGUUGCUCACGUUAACGGUGCUCUGGUUGGAUUCAAAGUCCACCGAACGAAUGGCUGUGGCCAGCGUCAAUUUGAUUUGCCACAUGCUCUGUAUAUUCGAUUUGCAUUGGCAGUUGCCACACAACGGCACAAAUCCGCCUAAUAUACUCUUGUAUUACCGAGAUUCGCUGGCUUUGGCUGUGUUCGCCUUGAUUUUAACUGCGCUGCUACGAAAAGUGCAGAAUAUGAACAUCGAGGCGCCAUAUUGGAUCUCCUCGGCCACGACGUUCGUUCUGAACAACAGAGCCGGCCGCUUUCUUAUCCUCACCGACGAGGACACCAACAGAAUCCUCAACAACGAGGCAGAUGAUAAUGCGGACCUUCCGAAGACUGAAGCAAAACCGAAAGAAUCGUCUUGGAGACACUUUGCAGCCAUCAUCGAAUGGUUGUCCUUCUUCGCCGUGGUUCUCACCUACAUCGUCAUUCUCUUCACCCUCGUGCCUUCUACUUAA